AUGUUGAUUUUGACGCUAGCAUCCGGAGACCGGUAUGUCGCGGUAACCCGACCGCUUCGGUACUUCACGCUCGCUUCCCGUAAGCGUAUGAUCGGUGCGUUAACCGCUGUGAUAAUAGUUCCUCUUUUCCUCUCCGCUGGAUCCUAUCUGCAGAGCGUACUGACCGGUGUUUGUAAUCCUUUCACUAGUAUCUGCCUAUCUCUUAUCAAUCCAAGUCAUAUCAUCUAUAACAUCCUCCCGUUUACUGCUGUUGUUAUUACUACAUUCAUGAACGCUCGGCUCGUGUGCAUCUCACGUCGCCAUGCGCGUCAGAUCGCCGCGCAGGAAGCCGUGGUCAACGCCGGUAACAUCGCAUUACCGCUGCCGAGUGCAGCAGGAACGAAAGGACUUAAGACUAUCCUUGUCGUCACCGGUGUGUUCUAUCUAGCUUGGUUACCAGGUACCAUCAUCACCUUCCUAAUCCCUAUACCUAGUAUCAAUGUCCCUCUAGUUCUGAUCAUUUUCGUGAGGUAUGCUAUUACUUCUAACAGCUGGUGGAAUGCUUGCGUCUAUUGCAUCAUGAAUAAGUCCUAUCGCAACGUUCUUUUCAAGAUGCUACGUAAAUACGUUGGUGCUUGUAUCAGACCACGUGAUGAUGUUCAUGAGAAUGUGCCGGUCUAUCAAUUACCCUACGUCCCUCCUAUGUAA